AUGGAUCCAUGUCCGAACGGCACAGCUGCUCCGAAAGGCAUGGGCUGCAAGCCACAGACGGUGCUAAUUGGGAUCGUGCUCACCGCACUCAUUGUGGUCACUGUCUGCGGCAACGUGGUUGUCUGCCUGGCCGUCUCCUUCAACCGCAAGCUCCGCAGCCUGACAAACUGCUUCAUCGUCUCCUUGGCCAUCACCGACCUGCUGCUUGGCCUCCUGGUGCUGCCCUUCUCCGCCAUCUACGAGCUCACGCGCGAGUGGCACUUCGGCCCCACCUUGUGCAACAUCUACAGCAGCCUGGACGUCAUGCUGUGCACGGCCUCCAUCCUCAACCUCUUCAUGAUCAGCAUAGACCGGUACUACGCCAUCACAGCCCCGCUCCGCUACACCCAGCUGGUCACCCCUCUGCGGGUGGCCGUGGCCAUGUUCGUCACAUGGGUGGUCUCGCUGAUGGUCUCCUUCCUGCCUAUCCACCUGGGCUGGAACACCAAUGGCACCGGCGUGCAGAACACGGGCUUGAACAACAGCCUGGAGUGCAAGCUGGCGGUCAACGCCGUGUAUGGGCUGGUGGAUGCCUUGCUCACCUUCUACCUUCCCUUGGUCAUUAUGUGCAUCACGUACUACCGGAUAUUCCGAAUAGCCAGGGAGCAAGCCAAGAGGAUCAAUCACGCCACCUGCUGCAAGGCCCUCAGCCCUGCGCUGCUCAUUGUGAAAGAGCACAAGGCCACAGUGACGCUAGCAGCCGUGCUGGGGGCAUUCAUCAUCUGCUGGUUCCCUUAUUUCACAGUGUUCACUUACCGAGGGAUGGUGGGGGACAAGGUAGAUGAGACAUCCCAGUCCAUAGUUUUAUGGCUGGGCUAUGCCAACUCAGCCCUGAACCCCAUCUUGUACGCUGCUCUGAACAGGGACUUCAGGACAGCCUACCAGCGCCUGUUCCACUGUCGAAGGGUGGGGCCCCUCUCCAGGAGCACUCCCCUCACCCCCACACAUCUGCCCCACUCCAGGGCGAGAGCCCGCAAGCAAGCACAGAGCGUGCAGGAAGAGAAGCCUCUGAGGAUGCAGGUGUGGAAAGGGAAGGAGAACUCACUCACUCGAGAAGCCACGGAAAGGAGUCCCGCCCCAUCAUCUGGCUCCUCGUCCUCCUCCACCAUCCUGUCCUGCUGGAGAGGCCUCUGGCUGGCCAAGUUCCUUCCCAAGAGGGACAUGUGGAUCCCAGCGUGUGAGGAGCCGGCGACAGAGCUGCAAAAGAGGGUGAAGCUCUCAGCACCCCCUAGGGUCAUUUACUGUGUCUUCUCCUGA